GAGUAAAACACGUGUUGGUUUGACCUACACGGCCCUAUUUUGUGUGCCAUCUGAACAAGCAAUAGAUAGUCUAAAGAAACGUCAGGAGAGCGGGAGGAAAGGGGCGAUUAAAAGUUGGAAAAUUAAACCUGUGCCACAGAGCUAAUUUUGUCCGGUUGCAUCAAAUAGUUCACCGCACCACACAUUUUCCAUAGAAAUGGGUCGCAAGAAGAAGAAGGCAUCAAAGCCCUGGUGUUGGUACUGCAACAGAGAGUUCGACGAUGAAAAGAUUCUAGUGCAGCAUCAAAAAGCAAAGCAUUUUAAAUGCCACAUUUGCCACAAAAAGCUUUACACUGGUCCGGGACUUUCGAUCCACUGCAUGCAGGUGCAUAAAGAAUCAAUUGAUAAGGUCCCAAAUUCACUUCCCAAUCGGUCGAACAUAGUUAUCGAAAUUUAUGGCAUGGAAGGAAUACCUCCGGAAGAUAUCCGUGACCAUGAAAAGCAGAAGAACGGGAAUCGGUCAGAGUCGGAAGAAGAGGAACCAGCGCACAAGAAAAUGAAACAACCCGAAGCGUCUGUGCCACAGGGAAUGAUGCAGAUCCAGAAUAUGAUGCCACCGCAUUUGCAGGCAGCUUACGGAAUUAAUCCAAUGAUGAGUGCGAUGGGAGGCAUGAAUCCGUACAUGGUACCACCUGGAAUGCAAAUGAUGCCCACUAUGAUGGCCACUGCUCCACGGCCUCUGUUUCCAGCAGCUGCAGCAGCUAGUGCCGCUACCGUGUCGACUACAUCAAAGCCAACAUUUCCAGCUUACAGUUCCGCCACGAUAAGUGCCCCGCCAACUACCAAUAGUGCGAUUUCCGCGGCAGCCGCAAACAAUAACAGCAAUAAUGGGUUGGGUGGUGGUGAUGCAACAAAGGCCGCAUCUUCAACAGUGAUACCAAACUCGGGCACCGCAACGUCGAAGAUUGUACAUCCUCCGGAGGAUCUUAGCUUGGAAGAGUUACGAGCCCGGAAACCUCAGUAUCAGAAGCAAAUCCAGCAAGCUACUCAGCAAAUGCUGCAGCAAAAGCAGCAAGAAAAGCAACAGGCACAGGUGGCGGCUGCCGUUGCAGCGGCUCAACAACAGCUACAGGCACAGGCUCAGGCCCAAGCGCAACUGAAGCAGCACCAGCAACACCAGCAGCAGCAGCAGCAGCAACAACAGCAGCAACAACAGCAUCAGCAACAACAAGCACAGCUUCAGCAACUGUCGCCAUUUUCAUCUGCAGCUGGCACCGCAUCGAUUGUUUCCAACACACAAACGACUGCUGUGAUGAAAGACAAUCGGAUGAUGUCGCCGCAUGAACAAGCCGCAGUGAUAGCGCAUGCUCAUGCCGCUGCGGCCAAUCAUCACAAACAGAUCGAGGAAUUGAAUCGUGCAGCUAUGAUUCAACGAUUUCAGGCAGCAAACGCAGCUGCGGCGAAUGCUGCAGCAGCCGCCGCCAGCAGACCAGGAAUGCAACUAGGAAUGGUUCCAGUAUCCCUUGGAGGUCCCGUCCCGCUAAUGCCUCCAAUGAUGCGUCAAGGAUUGGCGCUCGGCCCACCGGGAGGUGGCAAUUUGGCGUUAUUAGGGGGAAAUAUGCUUCGCCCUGGUCCCCCUCAAAUGGGUCUUGGUCCAGGUGGAUUAAUAACGCAAAUUCCAACCGUACCCGGCAUGGGUGUAGUUUUUCCCGGCGCACCGAUGCUACCGAUGAUGCCACCACGAUACCGGUGAUUGACUCAACCAGCGCUGCUACCACAACUGUCAGUAACGUCACCUCGUCCGCUAGUAACGGCGGUGGCAUCUGCUGCUUUACCACCAUUACUGCAACGGCUUCCAUUAUCAAUAGUCUAUCCAUAAGCAAGUGAUCAAGCAGAUGUUACCGUGUUUACGUUGAUCGCGUUACGCAUAAGUACGAAGUACGGCUUGUGCUGACGAAAGACUUCAAUGCUGUACAAGUAUGAGAUAGGAGGAGCUUAAAGCAACACCUGUACACAUGAUUUUGCAAUUGACAAUGUUCUACUAAUCGAAAAGCCGUUUAUGGAGUAUGAACUAUUUGGUUGUGACCAUUGACCAGGUUUUCAUCAUCAAGAUAAUAGCAGCGGUAUGUGGUUUUUAAUUCAUUUUUAUAGUUGUAAAAUGUACAAACAUGGAAAAAAGCAAAAGCAAAAAAAAGGUUCCGCAUGUGGACAGUUUUUAAGGCAAUAAUUUCUAUAAUAAUCCUAAACUAUCAAAAUUGAAAGGUAAGGAAGUGGCAUUACGUAGCAAUGAAGGAAAAGUAAAGAAGAGAAUACGGGACAAUGACAUGCUGGAACUGUGUGCAAUGCUCAAACAUGUGAUGUUUAAAUUGAAAAAUAUUAAUACACACCAAAGUAGAGCACUUAACAACCGACAGCUUAGGGUCAUGGCAGAGUAUGUUAUGUGCUACCGAGCUAUUCUUUGGCAUAACAUUGCCAUGGAAGAUAAUAUGUCAUUUAGCUUUGUGUAUGUAUUCAUAAUUAAAAGAAAUGCAAAAAACAAGAAAUAAGCAAAUUUUACAAUAGAUACAUCGUCAAACAUUUUGGAUAAAACAUUCAUUACGUCUGAAGCAUAAUGCGGGUGAUUAGAACAAGGAGCUUUGACCAGAGUUUGGGAUAAUCGUUCCUUGUAGCCGAUGUUUUACUUGUCCUUUUAAUUAUUUGAUUUUCUUUAUGAUGUUUGAAUCGCGACAGUAAUUGUCGCGACUGAAAAUGUAACUACAUACAUUAAUAGGAAAAGCCGUGGCAGCUGAUUCAGCAUUCGUAGUGGUAAUUAGCUCAUCGUUUGUUACUGUUGGUGUAGAGUUAAAAUUUUGAUAUUCAAACUAACUAACAUUAGCCUUUUUACACAAUGACGGUAUAAAUAAUACUAAACUCUCUUCGCUUUAUGAGUAAGACACCGAAGCGCAACCAUCAUUCAUAACACUUAGCUGCAUUACGAUAUGCUUUAAAUCAGGACUAGAAUAGAUUUCUAGUAAUGCGUUUAGAAUUCAUUCUAGCAAUAAUGUAUGCCUGUAGUGCCUGAUAAUAGUGUGGCAUUGUUGCUGCCAAUCCAAAACAUCCUAACAUUUUCGAAAUGGUGGUUAAAAGGUAUGCUUGAAUUGUCUAUAAUUUUCUUUGAUCAAUGACGAAUGGAAACUUUUCAAGGUUAGUUUUUCAGUAAUUAAAAACAGUAACAAUAGACUUAUGUAAGUCAUUUUAUGUUAUUUGUUUGUACAAAAAUAAUGCGAAGUAUAAAUUACUAUUUUCAUGUCAAUGUUUCACUAAAAAAAGCUGGAACGGAAAUUGCUUUAAAAGACAUGGAAUGCUAUAUAUUUAGCAUGAAUUGGCGACAUUGGUGAAUUCAAUGUGCAGUAUUUUUCUCUCUCUUCAUAUGAGCCUUGUGUCCUUUUUUCUGAACAGACAUGCCUGUUUAGUUGCUUUGGUGGCGCAUAAAACUGGACAAUCGUCCUUUUCUCGGGUAUGUUACUUCCGAUGUGCAUUAUUUUUUUGAAAUGAAAUGUAUGUUGAAAUUGAAAGUUUCGAAAGUUUUUUAUUUGGGAAAUAAUUUAUUUUCAUCAACUUCGGCGUGUUUUCUCAGUUUAUACUUUUAUAUAAUUUUUAUUCUAAGAAAGUGACUAACCAAUACACAUUUUUGUAAUGUACAAUUUCACAUUAGAAUAGGCACUUUUUUAGUUUGUGAGUUGGUAGUGAAGAGGGCUGCAUUUAGUUUAUUUUUGUCUAGAUCUUGAGUUUGUUUGAUGUGUGAAUGUGUUAGCGAGGUUCAUGAAAUUUUGACUACGAGUGUCGCUUAUUUUCUCAUCGCUCUAGAUUUCCCCCGCACUGUCACACUGUUUAAAUGUAUAUAUUUUUGAUAACGAACCAUUAAUUUCAUCCCAAUCCACUUUUGUUUGUUUGGGCUACACCAUCGAACCGCAAUGUGUAGUGUACAGUUAAGUAUAAGAAUGGCGAAAACAAGCAUUACAAUACACUGAUGCGAUUACUACAGUCCUCCCAAGUUUACUUCCAUAUUUACAGUACGCGUCCACACGGUGCAGUACCAUCAUAUCACGACCGGCAGACAUGUGUCGGGCUCCAUUUAAUAGUGCAUUACGCGACGAUUGUAACCGAAAAAGCCGUACGUACAAGCCAGUAGAGGAGAGAGAAAGUCAUAUGGUAGUAAAUAGUAAACAGUUUCGAUGGGGUCGUGGGUCCAUUUCGUCCUGGUUAACCCGAUUAGUUAACGGCUUUACCUUUACUCUUUGUACUCCUUCCUGUCUGUAUGUUAUUCUAAUCCAAUUCCAUUGCCCGAACUCCAAUCGGUCCGUGAUCGAGCAGGUGAUUGCUCUGCUAAUGGCAAUCACAAAGUUGAUGUUGGAUGGACAUUGUUCUGUUCCCACCCUUUGAACGGUAGGCUGCAUUGUUCCCACCAAGUUUCAUCAAGGGUCGGCGACAUUGGUCGGAGCUUUCUGUAUCUUUCAACGAAAUCUGGCCGUGUGUCACAUCAAUUUUGUUGAGUGGAAAGUCCCUUGCCGAAGAACGAUGCGAACAAAGUUUCGCCGAGUGUGCGGUACUUUCAGCAUCGCGGGCAGGCGAAAUUGUCGGUACAAUUUCACAGUUCCUCUUUUAUACUGUUUCUUAGCAUUAAUUAUCGUACGGGAACACAAAGAUGGUGGAUGGUGGUGACACGUCUUGUGGUAAUGAGGGGGUGUAUGGUGUGUGGUAUUCCGUUAAGAUAAUGCUAGUUGAAAAUAGUAACAAGCUUCAAUAAAUCACUAGAUGUGGCCUUGUAAUGAAGGAUGAUUGAUGGAUGAGUUUCUGAACAAACGAAAUGUUUUCAUUCUGUAUGCAAUAGCUGUAUUAGUACUGUUUUCGUGAUCGUGUUUGUCUGAAACUUUUUUUGUUGGUUGAGAUUAUAAGUUUUUCGCUUUCUUUGCCUUCCAUAAGCCAUCCUCCAUUGCUGUUUUGCUCGUCUCGUCAUAAUUUUGAUAGACGUUCAUAAACGUUUACAUGUUGAACAUUUGUGGAAAAUAUUUUUAGUAAAGUUGUCAGUACGUGCAAUGAUUUUUUUCGGUUUUAUACACUCAAUAUCUGCAUAUUGGAACUGUUGGACUUUCCAUCCCCUGUUCGUGAUCGACAAUUGGAAUGCUGAAUACUAGAGUUGCCUCACAUAUUCUAUAUUUGGGGGUUUGAGGUGUAGUCUAUUGAUCUAUAUGUCUAACUCUCUCUUCCGUUCUUUCUUUCUCUCUCUCUCUCUAUCUCUCCAUCCAUCGAUAUCAUCUCGUGUAUGUUCUCUUUACCUGUUUUCCUUUUCUCUAUUUUCUAUUUCCAUUCUCAGUGAGUAAUAUGAAAAAGAAUUGUACGGUUUGAACCGUAUGUUUUGGCGGUGUGUAUAGCACCAGUGGGUUAUCCGAUAAACUUCCUAUUACUAGCCGUAAGCAUAUCCUUUUCUUAUGAGUUCUGCCUAAAUCUUUAUUGAUGUAUGUUAGCUGUUGGUUGGAAUUUUAGUUAUCUUUCGUUCGGGUGAUCGUCAGUUGUGAUCGUCUAUUUAAUGGUUUUGAUUUUAAUUUGCGGCUUUGACAUGCUUAACGGAGAAACAACUAAUUGGGGGUUAGCCUGUAAACAAUUCCACUGUAGGAAGGACGUAGGUUCUGAAUUAAUUUGUCAUUAUUUUUGUGGUGCAAGUAUGAGUUUGCUAUGAACAGUUCAAAACGUUUCGCAUCCAUUUACGAUAGAGAUCAUCCAAUACACACACACCCAGUCUGCUCUCAAUGCUUGAUUAACAGUUCAAGUUCAGUUUUUCUUAAGUUUCACCACCUAACCUAAGCUAUUGUUUCUCUGUUUGUUUAGGGAUUGGAAUGGUUGUUACAAAUUAAGCAUCGAUUGAUAAUAUUAUUUCACCUGUGUGAUGUGGGCUGUACUGUUCGGUUGUAUUUUCUUUUCCAACGCUUUAUCUGUACAAAGCAAUUGUUGAUGUGUAAUAUGAGUGAACAAAAAGAUACAAAAAAAAUCUAACAACAAACAAGCAAAAAAGCUCGUAAGAUUCUUAAUUAUGCCUAACAUUAUGCACUACAACAGCUAUAGAUCCAUGUAUAUGUGAAGUACGUAAUGUGUAGCUUAAACAACAUCUAACCGUAGCACGUAUUUGAAUAGACGCCAGUUUCUGAUGCGCACCCACUACAAAACAGGACUUUUACAUUAUGUUUCGAUGUUUUCGCGAGUAAAAUAGCCACCAUAUCCUCUGUGACAGUAUAUUGGUGAAAAAAACAAACAAACAACAACGGUGAACAAGCAAUUGAACCUAAUGCUAACUGGUGGAGCAUAUAUACCACGAGUGUUAUCGUAGAAGCAUAUUCACUGAUAGAAAUCUAUUGAACGAUAAGCAACCAAUACUAGUGUGAGAAGCAAUUUUCGACGUAAGUUUUUAGUGUGCAUAUUUAUCGUUUCCGAAUGCAAUCGACGGCUGUAUAGGUUGUAUAUAUAGCAAUUAUGUAUAGCAGAUAUGCAUAAGGAUAUAUAUACACCUACAAGAUUGUGCCACGCUAAGCAAGACAAAGUAUGUUAAUGAUGUUUUCAUUUGUUAAGUGUAUGGCGAUAGGCGGUAAAAGAUUUAUUCAUUCAACACUAUCCAUUUGCGUAGCGUGUCACCUAUGGUAUAACAAAUGAUUAGGGAUAUGGUAAAAUAAAUGUAUCCGUUGAAACAA